CCCUUUCUCUCCUCCUCCCCUCUAGACUCGAGUGAGGCACUGCCUCGCCGCCGCCGCCGCGCCGUCUUCCCGGCGGCCACCCACCGCUUACCAUUUACCGCCGCUCCCCUGCUCUCCGCAUCUCCCCCCGCCCCCACCCCCACCCCCUUCCACAGCAUCUCCCAUCCCGCCCUACCAAUCAGCAGCUGGGCAUCUAAUCCAGCUCGAGGCUGCCGGCGCCGAGCCAGCGCUCACGGCGGCGCAUCCUCACUGGCUCGGCACCCCGCGUUCCUUCUCGGUGCGCGGAUUCGCUACGCAUCCACCCCGGCACCGCGGUGGCGCCGCAUCCGGCGUCCUUUCAUCCGCGUCGCCUCCGGCCAGUGGCGCACCAGGUGUUCGACAUCGUUCCCCUGAGGGAGUUCUGUUAUGUUCUUGGCCAGACGACCGUCUGGGUUGUCUAAUAUCAGCAGGAUCUGCAUCCUCCACACCGUUUCUUGGAUACUUUCAUCGAGGCGGGCACGAUUCAGCAGCGACAGCGAUGACGCUGCCCGCAAUUCUCUCGGCCGGCUGUCAGAUCUUUUCCGGCCAGUCCGGAUGGACAUCAGCCGUAUCAUCUUGCGGGCACUUGAAUCCGGUAUGUGUCCGGAGUCGGUGGAGCUGGAGAGGCUCGACGUCGAGCUGGAUCCUUUUGUUGUCAACUUGGUGGUCCGGGGCUUGUCGGACUCGGAGACAGCGGUGCGGUUUUACUGGUGGGCGGAGUCCCGUCCAGGAUUCGAUCAUAGCCAGUUCGCAAUAGCGUACAUUGUGAGCUUGCUGUUUGUAGAUGGAAAUUUUGCUCUGUUGUCGGAGUUCCUGGGGACAGUGAGGAGCCAAGGGGUGGCACUUCAUCGAUCGUUAUAUCGGAUCCUUUUGUCCGGCUAUGUCCGAGCUGGCAAGUUUGAUUCGGUCAUAGAGACAUUUGAUGAGAUGGUCAUGUCAGGUUGCCGUGAGUUUGGUAUCGAUUACAAUAGGUACAUAGGUGUUCUAAUUAAGAACUGUUGCUUUGAUUUGGUGGAGAAGUAUUAUGGCAUGGCGCUCUCGAAAGGUUUUUGUCUGACUCCAUUCACUUACUCAAGGUGGAUCUCUGCAUUGUGUCAAUCAAAUAGGAUUGAGCUUGUAGAGGAGCUUCUGGCUGAUAUGGAUAGAUUUGGCUGUUCUCCAGAUAUUUGGGCUUGUAAUAUAUACAUUGAUUAUUUGUGUAAACAGAACAGAUUACAUGAUGCACUGCAGAUGGUAGAGAAGAUGCGGGGGAAAGGAACCAGCCCAGAUGUUGUGACUUAUACAACAGUUGUUGGCUGCUUAUGUAACAAUAAGAGGCUCUCAGAAGCAGUUGGACUUUGGGAAGAAAUGGUGAAGAUGGGCCUUAAACCAGAUGUUGUUGCCUGUGGUGCACUGAUCUUUGGGCUGUGCAAGAAUAGCAAGGUUGAAGAGGCUUUUGAACUGGCAUCAAGGAUGUUAAGUCUGAACAUAGAACUGAGUGUCUCAAUAUACAACACCCUAAUAAGUGGCUUCUGGAGAGCUGGGAGCAUUGAUAAAGCCUAUACCAUCAUAUCAUUCAUGCGGGCAAACGGAUGUGAGCCAGAUGUUGUUACAUAUAAUAUCCUCUUGAAUCAUUACUGCACUAUAGGUAUGAUAGAGAAAGCUGAAAAAUUGAUAACAAAGAUGGAAACAAGCGGUGUAAAUCCUGACCGAUACAGCUAUAAUCAGUUGUUGAAAGGGCUCUGCAAAACUCAUCAACUGGACAAGGCAUUUGCUUUUGUUUCUGAUCAUAUGGAAGUUGGUGGGUUCUGUGAUAUUGUAUCCUGUAACAUAUUGAUUGAUGCAUUUUGCAAGGCCAAAAAGGUAAAAUCUGCACUGGACCUGUUCAAGGAAAUGGAUUAUAAGGGAAUGCAAGCUGACGCUGUGACAUAUGGGACUCUGAUCAAUGGUCUUUUCAGUAUAGGAUACUAUAAUCUAGCUGAAGAACUUUUUGAGCAGAUGCUGAAGGCUCAGAUUGACCCUAAUGUUAAUCUGUACAAUAUUAUGCUUCAUAACCUGUGCAAGGUUGGUGAUCUCAAACGUGCUCAGAAAAUAUUCUUGCAUAUGAUUCAGAAGGAAAUCUUACCUGACACUGUUACUUAUAAUACACUCAUAUAUUGGCUUGGAAAAAAUUCAAGAGCAAUGGAAGCUCUUGAUCUCUUCAAGGAUAUGAGGACAAAGGGAGUAGAACCAGAUAGUUUGACAUUCAAGUAUUUGAUCAACGGCCUCCUGGACGAGGGAAGAUCUACACUAGCUUAUGAGGUAUGGGAAUAUAUGAUGGAAAAUGGUAUCAUUCUCGACAGAGAAGUUUCUGAAAGGUUGAUAAGUGUGCUGAAAUUUGAGAACAAGUAGCAGCCAAGUUCUUGGAGAGGUUUAGCCACUCGAAGCUGUCCUGUCUCUGCCACCUCCGCGCACCUACCUUAAGAGCGUCAGUAGUUGAUUCUAAGAGCAUCACUUUGCAGUUACAUACAACAUGGAUGCCCUCCUCCCUUUAUGCAUAGCUGGACCAGACGUCCAGACCAUGGCAGACACAUGAAAGUAGCAAUGGACAAGGUGUGGUCUCCAAUGCUUCUACAACAAGUUUAAUGUUGGUCCUGAGUUCUGAACUUUCUUAUGAGAAAGUCUGCAAGGCUGCUGCCUUCAGCAUACAAUAUAAUCCUGAGGGCAGGAACAAGAGCUUGUUUCUGACUUUCCAUGAUACAAACUUCUCUGCACGUGAACAGGCUAUAUUCAGUUCUGUAGGCAGUUGCAAUGAUUUCAUCUAUAUCCCUAAGGGCUCCUGGGUCUGAAUAGUGAAUACUUCAAGAGUGAAGAGUGUGGCAAUGAAGUGUCUUGAGAAAAUAGUCUUAUAUCCUCCGAUGACAGGUUGGUACCUUUGGGGCAUUCAGCAGAGUUGCUUACCGUGGUACAUAUAACACGGUGGCAGUACUAGAGGAAGGGCCUGGGAAGAGGAUUGGAAACUAGAUUUGCCGGUCGAAAGUCUAUCAUUCCUGUGGUCAUUUUGUCAUAGCAGUCGCCUAUUGCAUCACAUUAGAUGUGUGGUAUGCAACAUGUUUUUCGAAGAUGGGGCCAUUUGUUUUUCAUGUGCAAACGACGUUGGAGAGCUGUCCAACUGGAGCCGAUUCAGGAGGAACUUGCUGAGUGCUCGUUGCUGAUGGUGGUCGUGAUACAGAUCCUUCAGCUACCGAGUGAGCAAAUGAUGCGUAGUUGUGUACUUUCCUCUGCUGCUGAUGGGCUGCAAGAAAUAAAAUGAAUCAUGCGGAACCCUAGUGUCAGUCGAUGAGUUUUUGUACACGAUGGGCUAGCAUAUUUCUGAGUGGAAAGAGUGCUGCUGUCCAGACACCAGCACCUGCAGGCCACAUCAUGAUCAUAUGGCGCUUUCUCGAGGAACCCAGGACAGACAGUUGGGGUUGAGUCAAAAGGCAAGAGGAGCUAAGCAUCACUUAGGUGACAAAGGUGCAAGCCUUCUGGCCUCUCAUGUUGCGGAGCUUUCAAAACUGUUGAGAUCCUGGAACCAGAUGAUGCCAGAUGUUUGAAGGUUUCUCAAGCUGUGCUUGUCUUCGUCUUCGGCACUGAAACAAUGUAGAAUUCAAAAUCAGAUUUUGUCCCCCUGUGGAGAUUGAGGAUUUUGCCUCCUUUUCUUUUUUAUUUCUCAGUUUUGAUACUGGAAUAGACCUGCAGUAGCUGCUGACACGGAGAGUUUUGUGGUAGGGUUGACAAGCCAAUCGAUGUUGUAUCUGUUGUACAGUAUCAUCCCAUAAACAUACAAAUGAAUCAAAUCAGUCAGGGUUUUCCUCAUCAA